AUGACCGAUGACCGAUGCAAGGAGAUCUACACAGAGCUACGAGAUCUAUCAAGGACUGGCUACAAGAACCCAGACGGCAGCCCGCGCCUACCAAAAGACCCUUCAAUUGAAACCAAGGUUCAAGCGCGCAUGGAGGCUCUGCUCCCAGAUCAUGACAGCCUAGAGAAGUACAAAGUCUGGUGUCGUGAGCGGACCAAGCUCAGUCGACAGCUUCCAGAGCCUGCAAGCGCCGACGAGAUCAUCAGGGCCAUAGGAGAAGUGGAAUUACUCGACCCAAUUUCGCGCGGAAACCUAUGCGACCUACUCGGGACCGACUUGUACUCUCAUAUCGAGAUUGGAACGUAUGGCAAGUACCACUACUGUCUGAGGCCAGACCUGUUCCAGUUGAGGUCGGAAGAUCACGCCAUUGAUUGGAACGACGAACGCGAGCCGAUGCCUAAUUGUAUUCUUGGUAUCAAUCUGUCGAAGACAGUUCCGUGGACGGGAGACAGACGUAAGGAGCACAGCUCGGACGAGUCUAGUAGCAGCAACAUCUCCACUGGUAACGAUGGCACCGGGUUCGUAUUCAUGCAACUAGGCAGAGUGUGCUACCUCGAUGACUCCAGAAAGCAGAAGUACCACGACGACAGCAAGUUCCCCAUACAGAUGCCGUGGUUGGACUCCGGCUUCGUUCUCGUUGUAGUAGUCCGAGACGACGGAAGUGCGGGAGCCCCGUGGCUGCUAUUCAACUUCACGCCAGUACACGAACUGGAGGGCAACCGGUUCCGCAUCCCGCAGACUGACGACGAGUGGGGGACGCUUCCAGGCUCUGGUAACCAGUAUGUUGCCGUAAAAAUUGGGGAGGAUAUUGGUGAGCUCGGAUUUGACAAGCAAUGGGUCAUGACGAGCCGGUUCGGUGAUGACUACAAUCCCCAGCUUGUCGCUGUGGUAAAUACGUCAUCUACCUCGAGAGGAAAGCUCGUGCGACAGAAGAUCUUUGAGGAGGGUCGUUGA